AUGAGCGAGGAACAGGAACAGUGCGACUCGUUCAACUCGUGGGAGCUGAACGGGUUGAAUUCCUUGGACCUAUGGGACUACACAGUCGAGCUGGAGUGCCUGCAAGGAACCGAAGAUUUGCAGUUGGCAGCAGAACUCGGCAAGACCCUAUUGGAGAGGAACAAGGAACUCGAGACAGCUCUGCGUCAGCACCAGAACAUCAUUGAAGAUCAAACACAAGAAAUCGAGUACUUAACGAAACAGACGGUCGCUCUCCGUGAGGUGAAUGACUCCAGGUUGAGGAUCUACGAGCAACUAGAAGUUAGCAUUCAAGACUUGGAGCGAGCCAACCAUAGGCUAGCUGUCGACCAUGCCGCCGACAAGAAACACAUUAAAACUCUGUGCGCCAAUAUUGAAACACUCGAGAACAAAUGUGAAGAUCUACAAAAGACUGUCGAUGACCUGAACGCCCAGCUGGAGAUCUCUAGGCGAAGGGCAGAACGGAAAACAGAAGUAGAAGUACCCAAAGAAAAAGAGAAAUCAGUCGAACUUACUCUAAGCGUCAAGAAGCCUGAUGUAAACAGUACACCGGUCAAAACGGUAGCACCUCUUCCAGAACUGACUAAAGAGGACGAGGACUUACUCAGGCUAAGCGAUGAACUCAGAGAGAGCAAGGUAGCCUUUGCACAAGAACAAAGAAGGGUGACGGAACUGGAAGAGCAGUUGGCGUCAAUGAUCCAGGAGAACAACAGACUAAACGACCAGUUCAGGAACUGGCAACAACGAGAAGACGAACCCAAGUCCAUGCAUGAGGAGUUCGCUAUCCUUGAAGAAGUCAGACAAGGACAACUAUGCAUAAGAUGCCUAAGAGGCGUGGAGAGAGGCGAUGACAUGUCCUCAAUGCUAGAUGGAGACGAUGACGAUAGAAGCGCAAUCAGCUCCCUAAUCCUCCCUCCGUCUGGCCAAGACAGUCCACGGGAAGAUCUUGUUACUAACAAACUUGUCAAAUUCGACAAUGCCAAGGAAAAGUUACUCCAAGGUAUAUGGGCAAACAAAGAAGAUGGCCAUGAUAACCCUUACAGAGAACUGGUGCAAAAGUACGAGGCUCUUUUAGAAGUUCAACUGUCACAGGUUAAGAACAUCAGAAAGACCAAACCCAUCACUUUGCCCAGCAAUCAGAACCCGUGCGGUCCUUUGUCUCUUCAGGAUGAACUACAAACGUCCGGAGACUACAGUCAGUUCAGUGUCAAGGACACUGACGAGGAAAGCGGCCACGGUGAAGAACAGAAAGGAGUCGGCCAAACAAAGAAGGUUGAUACCACUUCUCGAAAGAAGAUUAUACAAACUCCGGACUUCUCGGAAGCAGAGACUUCCAGCUCCGGAUUUUCAGAUGAGACCAGCAACAAAGCGACACAGACGGAACGUGAGCGACCGGGCUCAUUCCUGUGCACAAUCGCUGACGGUGAGGACUACCGUUUCAGUAUUUACGAUGACGUUAGCCCCAUGGACAGUCGAUUCCGCAACAGACCAGAGUACCGCGAACUAUUCAAGGAAAUCUUUACCAUCCUUAAGAAGGCGGCGGAGAACAAAGACGAUGGAGAGCAACUGCCACUCCUCGAUGAUACCACGGCUGACAAGGUUCCACCCGUUACUCCCGCGAACGAGGAAGCGCCCGGCAACUUCACUGAUGAUACGCAGAGCGUAUUUUCGUCUGUGAUGUCUGAACAAUCAAUUCCAGUGUCUGAUAUUACCAUGCCUGAAACACCAACUUUGAAGGAAAAAGAGAAACCCCAGCCAGAAGUGGUCAAAAAGGAGGAAAACAGCAACAAAGAGAACAAACCUGUGGCGGAAAGCACCACGGAUAAGCCAAAACCAAGUUCCGCACGCCAGACUAAAGAGCAAAGCCACUCAAAAGUGAGAGACCAGAGCAUGCAAAGGGAGCAAGAAAAGGAGAAAGAAAGAGAAACCGAAAAAGAAAAGAAGGAUGAGAAAGAACGGGUCCUGACUCCGUUGGUGCGUCAGCCACUAGAAUACAUAGCGGCCACUAGAAAGAAGUCCAGACAUCGCAACAGAAAACAUAGCCAAGACCGGCAGGGCGCAGACUCUCCAGUAUUCCCGUCACCACCUAAGAUCACGUACCAGAAGUCAUCGAACAAGAAGAGGAGGGACUACAGGCCGAUUGAGGCGAGUCCCCUUGUCAGGGCAGCCGAGAGCGAGUGGAACGGUUCCACGCUACAGUUUUACAACAGGAACAUGAAUUCUCCAACACCCAGCGCAAGCGGCCGGACGGGCAAAAUUUACCAAGGAUGGAACCCCGAGACUGACUCGUGGGACAUCAAACAGAGUACGGCGUCACAAGAAAUACACAAACUGAGGAAGCUGGAGCUUUCCUACGCUGAAGUAUUGAGGAACGCCGACAAAACUAAACCUAGGCGCAAGAAACACCAAUAA